AUGAGCGUCAACCGGUUGCCCCCUGUCAACACCCAUUUUUACGAGCAUCGACAUGUCAGCCCUGCCCCGUCCCAAGAUUCCACGGGUUCGCAAUUUCUGCCAAAGAGAAGGGAUACAGAAAAGAUUGCAUAUUCAUCACCUGGCGCUACCAAGCGGCCGACUUUCAAAAGAAAUUUCUCCAAACCCACCCAGUUCCUCCUUCACUCGACUGAAAGCUACUCAUUACUACAUGGGAUACUGGAGGACGACGAGUCCCGGCGAAUAUUCUAUUUCAUGAUAUUGAACCUCUGCUUUAUGUUGGUCCAGUCCACAUAUGGCGUUCUGACGGGAUCCCUGGGCUUGAUUAGUGACAGUAUCCACAUGUUCUUCGACUGUGUGGCCUUGCUGGUCGGGGUGUGUGCUGCUGUCAUGAGCAAGUGGCCUCCCAGUCUCAAAUUUCCGUACGGGUACGGAAAGAUUGAUACCCUUGCAGGGCUAGGCAAUGGUAUUUUCUUGAUGCUAAUAAGUAUCGAGAUCGUCUAUGAGGCGAUUGAACGGCUGUUCUCUGGUGCUGAUGUCAGUCGAACUGCAGAGCUUCUUGUGGUCAGCACGAUCGGUUUGUUUGUGAAUCUGGUGGGCAUUUUUGCUUUUCAUGGUGCUCACGAUCAUGGGCAUGGGCAUGGGCAUGGGCACGGACACGGGCACGAUCAUGGAAGUCAUAGCCAUAGCCAUGGCCACGGUCAUCAUGACCAUGACCACGAUCAUGAUGAUAAACAUGAUCAUAGCCACCAUGAAAUCGUCGGAGCUCCUAUGAUCGCCUCCGCUUCACCGAUGAAAGGCAAACAAGGGGCAGCGAGCGAUCACCACCAUGGUGGAGAAAACAUGCAAGGCAUCUAUCUCCACAUCAUGGCCGAUGCACUCGGCUCUCUGGCAGUUGUGGGAUCGACCCUUCUUGUCCGCUGGACCGGUUGGAGCGGGUUUGAUCCCCUCGCAUCAUGUAUCAUUGCCGUUCUCAUCUUUGCGUCCACUAUCCCGCUUGUCACGACAACGACAAAAACCCUCCUGUUGUCACUAAACUCUGACAUUGAAUACAACCUUCGAGACAUCCUCAGUGGUGUGGCCGAAAUCCGCGGUGUGGUGGGUUACACGGUGCCGAAAUUCUGGCUCGAAGACAUCAAGAAAGAGCCCGGUCAUCACCACCACCAUGGUCAUUCCCAUACACACGACGACCAUUCACAUUCGCAUUCUCACUCACAUAAAGACAGUGAUGGGAAGAAGUGUGACGGCGAAAACUCCGAUCCUACGGUGUUGGGUGUCAUCCACAUCAUCGCCUCACAGCAUGCAGAUUUAGAGGAUGUCAGAGAGCGGGUCUCGAUGUAUCUACGGCAGAGGAAAAUGGAUGUCGUUGUUCAGGUGGAGAGAGACGGGGAACAACGGUGUUGGUGCGGCGGAGGCCAGAAGAGUCCUAACACAUGA